UUGCCCGCCACCUUUCUAAAUAAUUCGUGACUGUUCAAUACAUAAUAUUUCUAUUUAGCUAGAGCUAACGUUACUGUACUCAUGGAGAGAAAACUCCCCUGAAUAUUUUUUUAAGAGACUCAUUUAGCGCAAUUAUGUACAAAUAUUAAUAUUGAGACUCGCUCUAGGACAACGAAACAUGUGGAGAGUACAAGGGUUCGUUGGAAGAGUUUUUAGCCGGUGCCAUGGCAACGCCCCCCUGCGCCUGUCUCAGAAUCAUCACGUGGAGGAUGAGGUCAUCCACUCCUCCACCUUCCUCUCCUCCGGCCAGCACUCCCCCGACACCAGCUCUCAGAAAGGGGAGGAUGGAGACAAGAGGUGGAAGAAGAGGAGCUCUCAGUUUUGCUACGAUGGGCUCCAGCGCUACACUGCCCUGGAUGCUGUGGGCUGGGGGGCAGCUGCCGUUCUGUUGAUGCAGAUCUGUAGGAGGGUCCACUCUCAGGUCUCCUUUGGGGCCGAACCCAAUCCCAACACAGGAUGCCUGGCCGUACAGGGUACCCUGCAGAAGUUUGACUUCCGCGUCCUACUGGAGAUGCUGUCUCGCUGUGAUGUGCUGCCCAGAGGGAGGAGUGUGAGCUGUCUGCCGCAGAGACAGCAGGCCCAGCAACGCAGCACCAGCGGUAGUAGUAACAGCUAUAGCAGCUCUGACCAGCUCCAUGAAGACGUGAUCGCUGACGGCUUCCUCGCUGACCGUCACCACUCCUCUGGAAGAGAGGAGACGUCCUUCUCAAAGUCCUCCCAUCCUGAAGACAAACGCAGAGCCACAAAGCGAGAACCGCCUCCGCAGCAGAAUGACCAGGAUGCUCUAGCAGGGGCGGCCCAGAACCUCCAGCAGGUGGCCGACUCCAGCGUUCCUGUAGUCCUCAACAUCAUCGGUCUGGAGAGUGCUACGACUGGGGACUAUGAUGCAGCCUUCUCCUGUUUCCUGGCCUCAGCCAGACAGGGUUACUGCAAGGCCCAGUUCAACACUGGAGUCUGCUACGAGAAAGGCAGGGGAGUAGGCAAAGACGGGGAGAAGGCUCUUCACUUUUACAGGCAGGCAGCGUCUGGGGGUCACAGUCAGGCUCAGUACCGCUGUGCCAAACUCCUCCUCAGCAGCAGAGGGCAGCAAAGCACACAACAGGACCUGGACUCAGCCAUCAGCCUGCUGCAACAGGCUGCCUCAGCUGGACUGAAAGAGGCCCAAGUGUAUCUGGGUUCCCUGUUCUCACAGGAGCCAGUCAGAGACGGCCGUAAGUCGGUGGUGCACUACCUGAAGAUGGCAGCAGAGAGCGGAGACAGCGAGGCCCUGCUGUUCCUGGGCCAGUGUUAUGAGAGUGGGUUCGGGGUGCCUCAGUGUUUCAGAACAGCAGUAGGGUUCUAUCAGCGGGCUGCCCAGGCAGGAAACAGCCAGGCCAAGACCUUACUGACGCCCCCGUGUGGAGUGGAGGAUGCCGUCCUGCGCUCUAUCCGCUCUUGUCCGUGCUUCUCUGUAGCGGACCGUCUGCGGGAACCACUCUCCACCCUCACCUCCCCUGUCCCAGCCUCCAGUGGCCCCACCCUCCCCCUCCCACACUCCUGGAGCACAGGGAGCAUGGGUAUCAAGGGAUCUAACAUUUGCCAGGAAAACAUUACACCACCGCCAUCCGCCUGUACCAUUGAGACCAGGCAGGGUGGGGCCGUGGACUCAAGCUGUUUACGCCAAACCCUGACUCUGCCAUCAGCAUGACGCAACAGGAACUGGGAUUCGUCGGACCAGGCAAAGUUUUUCCACUCUUCAGUUGCAGCAGUGUUGGUGAUCCAUUGGAGCCGCUGCUUCUUGUUUUUAGCUGAUAGGAGUGUUCGCUUGCACAAUUCUUGCUAUUCUCCUUCGACCUCAUCAACGAACUGUUUUUGCCCACAGGACUGCUGCUGACUGGAUGUUUGUUUGUCGCACCCUUCUCGGUAAACCCGUGAAAAUCCCAGAGAUACUGGAACCAGCGUGCCUGUCACCGACGAUCACACCACGCGCAAAGUCGCUUAGGUCACUCGUUUUGUCCAUUCUAAUGUCAAUGGAACAGUAACUGAAUGCAUCAAUGCCUGUCUGCUUUAUAAAGCAAGCCACGGCCACGUGACUCACUGUCUGUAGGAUCGAACCAUUUUUGUGAAUGGAGUGGUGUACCUAAUAAACUGGCCACUUAGUGUCACGUGUGCCUUAGCCUGCUAUGCCUCUAAGUACAGUGUCUUUGGUGUUUACUUGACCCCGUUUAAAGUACUGUCUAUACAUGGCAUACAGUUAGGUUAGAAGAAUGAAUGAAAAGUGAUUUUAUUUUUGUCCUUUUUUCAGAAUAAGUUUAUCAUGAACUACCAACAAUGUUGCCAUUUAUUAUCAGGGCUUAACUAUCCAACUCUGUCCAGUAAUUGAAAACAUAAAUAUACUCUCUAACGGAGCCUGGGCUUUACCUUGAGGCUGUGUAUGAUGUACAUGUAUGUGUUUUCAUUCAUAAAUUACUGUAUGUUGUAUUUUCUCAUGCUUUAGGAACACUACUGUUGCUGAACUCACAAGGUGUCUAACACCAAUAAAAAUAUGAAGCUGUUUUAUACAA